AUGAACAAACAAAAAAUAGCAAGACCUGCUCAAAAACUAAAUGAAAUUAAAAUCCAGGGAACACUAACCUCCCGUAUCGAAACCCGAAACAAAGAUAAAGAAACUUAUUAUUACGGCUUUUUCCAAAUAGCCAACCAAAACCAAGAAAUCCCCAUAGUCUUUAAAACCAAACCGGAAAUCCCCAAAGGUUCCCAGCUGGAAGAAUUAAAAGAGUUAGAAAAGUUCAGCCAAUUAGGAGAACAGUAUUUAAAAGCUCACUUGCUCACUAAAUCAGCCCGCCCGAAUGGCUUCCGAGUUAGAGAUAACCAAAAGGCAAAUGUUAGCUAUGGGUUGAAAGGAGGCCAGCAACUAAUGGGCACUGACCUUUUAAAGUUUGCUGGCACUUUCGAACGAGCUAAAUAUUUAAAAGACUUCUCUUGCUCCAAUUGCCAGCAAGCCAUCAGCGAGCAAGAUAUUGAAGCCAAAAACUACCAACUAGGAGUUUCUGACUAUGCCAACGAAAUCAACAAAGAAUUCACAACUGGUCGGUUAAAUAUCCCUCUUUACUCGCUGACUUUUUGGUUAAAGAGUGUAGAACACCAAGAGUGUCCAGAACAGGAGGUCUCCCGUGCCUAG